AUGGUCCACGCCAUGGGGGCUACCCAUCCAGCCGCAUCUGCUCCAGCUCGCACCAGUGCCGCCACCACCAUCCCUUCGAAGACCCUCGAGCAAGCUAACUCGCACCACAUCAUGUCUGUUGAGCAUGAGGCUACCUCCACUACGUCCACUCACCUCGUCAACUCCGACCUCGACACCCAGAACGCUGCCACCCACGAGCUCCUCCUACACCUCUGCAACCUCACCAGGGAGUCUGGACUAAUCAGGCGCGAGCAGCUCCACCUCCAGGCCGCUGGGCUGGGAUACCCACCCACCAACCGUUACGUGGCCAUGACCCCCACCAUCACGCAAGGCUUUAUUCCAGGCCCAGCUUGUCGUGCUCUCGGUAUUGGCAUCAGCAAGGAGCUCACUGGGAAUGUCAACAGCCAUGAGUCAGACAACGACCAGGACAUCGCCAUGAAGGACGGCACCGACGCUACUACCACCUCCGACGAUACCUCCUACGCGGGCCACGUCUCUGAGGACAGCUCGACGGCUGAACGUGUCACAGCCCCUAGGUCGAUCGCGACGUUCGAGGUCUCGGACCCUCAAGACAACAACAAGAAGCCGCCCUUCAGUAACGCGACCGAGCUUGCUACCCCCAGCCUCAACACCGAGUCUGAGCCGGUCAGCGCUCCCGCCCGCAUCAGCAUCUUAUCGUACCCCACCGCCAUGACCCGUGUCCCGCCGCCUCCACCCCCUCCCUCGCAGAUCGCCACGCCUGUCGAUCCGCUUGUACAGAACGGCACCAACGUUGGCCCGGCCAGGAUCCCCACUACCCUCGCCAUCGACGCUGCCCUGCGCCACGCGGCUCCGCCUCCCGCCCUCCAGCACCCCCAAGAGACACCAAUCCACGGGGAACAAGACAUGCUGGCCGCAGGACCUCACUGGAGACAACCUGAGACGUACCCUACCCACGCUGGCUAUACGUACCGUCCUCCCAUGUACGCUCCCGCCCGUUAUAUCUACGCCAAUCCUCCUCCUCUCGGCUCCCAGCCCCCAACCCCAAUCUCGCCAUACUACACCCAGCCUGUUCGCUUCUUGCCACACGGAUUCGUGCCCGCCUAUGCGGAAGCCUGUCCCCCGCGCGUAUUCACGCCCAUGGUCCAGCCCCCCAACAUGCCGCACCCCCAGCACAUCCACCACGUCCGCCCUGGAUGGACCCAGGCUCCCCAAUACAACCACCAAGAUCACCAGGCUAGCCACACUGCGCCCAGCGGCCCGCAGCACUCGCCACCAGUACACCACAGCGGCCCUCCUCCUGCUCAGCACGCUGGCCAGGAAGCCAUCCAAACUGCCCAGGCUGUCCAACCCUCCGCCCAGCAACCCACCUUCCGCCCUCCCCCUCAGAUCACUGGCAGUGAAGUCUAG